AAGUCACUGAGGGGUUGUUCUGUGACCAUAUAAAGGCACAAGGCUGAAGAGGUAGAUGGGCAGUUGAUACAGUAGGUGUAGGGCUAUGGGCAGACAGACGUGACAGUAACAUGAUCGGGUGUCGGAGCCAAACACAGUAAGUAAAUAUGGUUACUAAGCAGACUUUGCAUACAGACGUGAGGUGCAGGUAAUUAAAGCUUCCCAGGAGUAGCCGACUUUGACACUGGGCUCCUGACAUUCCUCCUCUCCGGCAUCUCAUUCCCAGACUGAAGGAUUUGGUGAAGCCCCAGGAGUCAUCACUAAGGGGCAGUUGUGCUGUGCCAAGGCUGGUGCCAGUGGUGCAGACCAAUCAGACUGGCAGAAUAAACAGUACAAUUAUUGAUUGGGUUAAUGUGGGUCAGUUCCAUCCUUGGUGACCAGGAGAAGGGCCAGGAGGCUGUGGGUGUUGGAAGUGGCCAGAGGUUCCAUUCCAUGCAGGACACGUGGAACUAAGGACCUGAUAUAUUGGCUGUGGCUGGUGCCAAUGGAGCAUGGGAGGGGAUGAGAUGGAGCAGGAACUCAAUGUGCCCGAGUGCCCAAUCUGCUUUGUGCCCUAUGACAAUGUCUUCAAGACCCCCCUGAUCCUGCCUUGUUCCCACACCUUCUGCCUUGAGUGCCUCUCCAAGCUGUGCGUCUUCCAGAGGGAGCUGGACACCUUCUUCUGCCCAUUGUGUAGGGCGCUGGUCACUAUCCCACCAGGUGGCAUCCCAAAGCUGCCCCCCAAUAUGAGUCUGGUUUCCCAGUUCCCACCAUGGAUGGGGCAACUCCAGGAGGUGUGGAUGGAGGGAUCAAAGCUCUGCUGGAGAAAGAGGGGAGACCAAUCCUAUGUCACCACCACCCAGAACUCUGUAUCCCAGUUCCCAGGGGGCCCUGAGGAGAACAUGAUAAUCACCAUCUACUUACUGGGCCCCACCACCUCCCACUUCACUCAGCCGGGGGACCUGGUGAGAAUCCCACAGUCACUACCCCACCAUCGCUGCAGCUUCUGUCUGAGGAACUAUGCCUUUGUCCUAUGGAUCUUCAUCUGCUGUGUCAUCCUCCUCUUCAUCAUGAUCUUCUUCCCAACCUACAUCCACUUCUGAGCUCAACAUGGAGAGGCACCAUUUGUGUGGCGUGCAGGAUCAAGGCAAUUGGGGACAAUGAGACUUUGCCCAGAUUCACUUUUUAGAUAAUGUGGCCCUGUGGCCCCUUAGUUGUUGCUGACAAUGAAUUGUAUUCCAAAUGAUGGGCUGUAGGCUAGGAACCAUUGACAAAGAUAUACUGUCUCUUCUUAUCCUACUGUCCCCAACUUGAUCUACUGUCUCCAUCUUGUGCUACUGUCUCCAUCUUGUCCAACUAUCUCCAUCUU